AUGGCGGCGCUCAUGAGCGAGGGGGAGCGGGCGUGGGUGCUGGAGGGCGUCGCGACGGGCGUACGCGGAGACGGACGAAAGGCGGAGGAUUUCCGACGCAUAGCCAUCGAGACAGGCGUCAUCCCGCAGGCCAACGGCUCGGCCAAGGUGUCCCUGGGCGACACUCAGGUGCUGGUGGGCGUGAAGGCGGAGCUCGCGACGCCCUCCCCGGACGCGCCCGACCGGGGCUUCCUGCGAUUCUCCGUAGAAUGCCCCGCCGUCGCCUCGCCGAUGUACAUCGGCAAGCGGGGACAGGAGGCCGCGAACGAGCUAGCGCAGUCCCUCGAGCGAGCUCUGGGUGCAGGCAAGUCCGGUCGCGGCGCUGCGAUCGACCUGUCGACGCUGAAGAUCGUGUCAGGCAAGGCGUGCUGGGCGGUGUGGGUGGACUGCAUCGUGCUGAGCAACAGCGGCAGCACCAUUGACGCGUGUAGCAUCGGCGUGCGUGCGGCGCUGAUGGGCACUCGGAUGCCCAAGGUCAGCGUCGCGGACGAGAGCAGCAGCGAGCCCGAGAUCGAGGUCGACGACGAGCCGGGGUCCGCGUGGCCGCUCGACACCGCGAACGUGCCCCUGGUGGUGUCAGUGCACGCGCUGGGGCCGCGCGCCGUCGUGGACUGCACUGCGGUCGAGGAGGCGUGCGCAUCGUGCGCGGUGGAGGUGUGCGUGGACGAUGGGGGGCGCGUCGUGGGCGUGUCGCAGCGGGGGGGGUCCGUGCCGCUGCAGGUGCUGUCGGAGAUGCGCGAGUGCGGGCGGGCGGCGGGCGCGCGGCUCGGGCGGGCCGUGGCGCGCUUCGUGGCCACGGGCAAAGAGGUGACGGCCUGA